AUGGUUACCAAGAUACUUUCCGCGAAAGCGCGUUACGCGCAGAAAUGGACCGAAGACUUUAACGCGACAGGCGACAUCAAGGCGGAGCGCGUACCUCUUGACCCGAGCCCAUUGUUCUAUGCCUUUGGUGUGCCGUGCAUUGCACUUUACCGCGGAUAUUACAUUUUAGCCGGCUUUCAAGCCCUUAGAUCCUAUGGGAGAUCGGCGAACGUUAAGAAUAACGCGACUAUCAAGACGGCGCAGAAGGACUGGCUGAUAGGCCCACUCCUUGCGUCAACGGAUUUCGUUAAUACCCAAGUGAAUCUGAUACGUAUCUACCAUGACGAAACAGCCCAAAAAGUUACCGCAAGGCUGAAAUCCGAGGCGAAUUCUGAGAGAUACGUGCUAGUCUUUAGAAUUCAAAUUUACACUGGGACCAGACCUGAUAUACAAUAUACGAGAAGGAACCUGACUGAGCCAUAUACUAUUUCACCAAGAGUUAAGUCGUACUGGCUUGAUAGAUCAGUUGCCAGUGAUAGAGCGUCAAACUUCCAUUAG